AUGUGGAAGACCGGCGUCCUCCUGCUGCUGUGGGGACUGGCGUCCGGUGAACUCCAGCAUGAAACGGAGUCCCGAAGACAUCCGCCGCCAGGAAAGUUGGAUUUCGGUUAUGUGCCUGAGGGAGUUUAUGAGACCCUGGCCCAUUACGAACCGGGACCAAUAGGGAUUCUCUUCCACAUGGUGCACGCUUUUCUAUAUGUCGUGCAGCCCAACCCUUUCCCCCAAGAUCUUGUUGUCAAACUCGCAAAGGACAGGUUCGGAGCCAUUCAGACAGAGUAUCAAAAGCCAGAGAACGUAGUGCUGACCCUUCAGGCCAUCUACUAUGAGAUAGGCUUCCUAGUAUGUGCGGUGCUGGGCCUGCUGUUUACUGUUCUGAUGCCCAUAGUCGGCCUCUUCUUCUGCAUGUGCCGCUGCUGCGACAAUUGCGGCGGCGAGAUGCACCAACGCCAGAGGAAGAACGCCGAUUGCCAGCGCGGCCUGCUGGGAACGCUGCUCUUCUCCACCUCGCUGGUCAUCACGAUUGGAGUGCUGUGUGCGUACGCUGCCAACCAGAACCUGAGCUCCCAGGUGAAGAACAUACGGAGACUGGUGAACAGCAACAUGAGGGACCUGCACACCUUUGCUAAUGACACGCCACUGCAAAUUGAUUACCUAAUAUCCCAAUAUGCCACAGUCAAGAACAAAGUCAUCUAUGACCUAGAUAAUAUAGGUCCUUUACUGGGUGGAAGGAUACAUGAGCAGUUGGAUAAGGAGGUUCAACCUGCCCUGGACAGUGUGCUCAAUAUGGCUGGAGUGAAAAUCGAGAGGGCCCUGAAAGCCAUGCGAGAAACCAAGGAGGCUCUGGAGAACGUCAGUUUUUCUCUGGAGGUCCUCCAGGGUGUAACAGGAAAACUCAACUUCAACCUGAGCCUGGUGCGGGCCAACAUAAACGGCACCCUCAACGACCCGGGCUGCCGUGACGAGGACUCCGAUGCCACCACCGCCCAGCUCUGCCGCAACAUCCACAAGUCUCUGUCACAGCUCCACAUCAGCGCAAACUUCACCCGGCUGCCCAAGGUGAACACUCAGCUGGAAACGGUGAAAGAGGUGUUGAAAACGGACCUGAGCAGCAUCGUCCAGAGGGGCUACACCUCUUUGAAUUCCACCCCAAACAUGGUUGCUGAACAAACCAAAGGAGUGGCGGACGGUGUAGAGGGUUUGGUAGACGGCAUCGGCAAUAACAUCACCAGCUUCACCAAGUCUUUCCCGGUGCAGAGUUGCCUGGGCAACUUCACCAUCUUCGUCAGUCACACCCACUCCAAGAUCGAGGACUUUUACCCUGAAAUUGACCAGAUGGACUUCUACAGGUGGAUUGGCUGUAUCGCUCUGUGCUGCAUGGUGGUCUUGAUCCUGACCUUCAACUACCUGGGCCUGCUGUGCGGCACCCUGGGAUACGACAAGCACGCUUCGCCCACCACGCGAGGCUGCGUCUCCAACACAGGAGGGACGCUGCUCAUGGCCGGCGUGGGAUUUAGCUUCAUCUUCUCCUGGGUGCUGAUGGGAGUGGUGACUGCCAUCUUUCUGGCUGGAGGCAACAUGGAGAAGCUUGUUUGUGAACCCUUCCACACCAAAGAGCUCUUCAAGGUUCUGGACACCCCGUAUCUGGUCAACGCAGACUGGAGGAACUUCAUCCCUGGUUACUUGUACAAUGACUCUGAGCUGGAGCUGACUGCAGAGAGCCUGUACAGCAACUGCAAAGAGAACAAAGGCAUCUACUCGGCCAUGCGACUGGACAAGGUCUUCAACAUCUCCGCCUUCCUCAACGGCACAAUGUUCACUAAGGACGUGGUGACUGUGCUGGAGGGCGUCAGGAUCGACCUGAAGGCAAUAACCCUGCUGGAGUCCGAGGGGAAACAAAACCUCCUGGACUUCUCUGAAGCUGGCCUGUCGGAAAUCAACUACGCCGACUACCUGCAGGAGGUCAACAAAGGAGUCACUGUGGUGGACUUGCUCUCAUUUGCCAGUGAACUGGAGGCCCAGACAGACCUGAUGCCCAAAGGCCCUCUGCAGACUGCUCUGAAAGGCCAUGCCGGCACUUUGCGACAGAUCUACACCCAGCAGAUCAUCCCCAUGGAGCAGGCCAUGAGCGCCUUGAACCAGAGUAUGAGGUUCCUGGAGAGAACGGCCUCGGACCUGCCUAACAAAGUUUUAGCUGUAAUCGAUGCCAUCGAAGCUGCCCAGUUUCUCAUCUCCCAGAACGCAACGCAAUUGAUCCGUCGGGAAACAGAAAAAUACACAGGGAACAUCGUCGGCUACUUCCAACAGUACAUAGACUGGGUCAAAAACUCCCUGGACAUGGAUGUGGCUCCAUGCAAGCCCUUCAGCAACAUGAUGGACACGGCGGAGAUCGUGGCGUGCAGCUUCCUGGUCGACUCCAUGAACACGUUCUGGAUGGGCCUGGGCUGCAGCACUCUCUUCCUGCUCCCGAGCAUCAUCCUGGCAGUAAAACUAGCCAAGUACUACCGCAGAAUGGACACAGAGGAUGUUUAUGACGAUGCCCUCGAAAACUGGAGCUAAAACACUGGAUACCAUUCGUCUCACUUCCCCUCGGACCAGACGAAGAUAAAAAAAAAGCCGGUCUCCAUACCACAGAAGAAGACGACAAGACGCUCUUUUGGUGUUUCUCCCAUCUUAUCUUCAGUGAUCAGCUGAAUCCAACCUGGCCAAUCAAAGCCUCUACACAGCCGCAUGCCCCCCCUCUCCCCUCCCCCUUCAAAAAGAGACACUGCGCCCUGCAGGACACCGACAUCAAGCCCCUCUCCCUCGGCGUUAAUCUGAGCCAGUGUUGUUCUGCUUUUUUUUUUGCUUUUUUUUUUUUUUUCUCGAAAGACCGUAGUGUCUGCGUUUACAUUUGUUUGGACACAAAACAAAGCUGAGAAGUUGUUCAGCGAGAGGAUGUGACAGUAACUGUAAUGCCUGUUUAUGCUCAUUUUGUAUGUACUUGUUUGUGCUUUCGAAAACAGUGGCUCAAACGUCACCUGAAGGACAUGGCAAGCUGCUAGGAGAAACCUGACUUUUGUUCUCCUGCGUUUAAAACGGAUGUGUCUCCCGGGUAGUUUGUCAGCACCGCAGAAGUUAGUAGGACGCAUACUGACAUGAUAGUGUACAUGUUAUUUACAUUCGGUGUGUUUAAAAGUAUCAGGAAAGCGCUUUCUUUUUUUUCUGAAACAGGACAAACUGCUUUGCUGCAAAUGACGCAUCCUUUUUAACGAUAGUGUGUGAGUUGGUGGUGUGUGGUACUUUAAUGACUGAGAUGAGAACUGGAUGAUUCUAACCAAGCCGAAAAAUAUAGCAACAAGGUGGUUCAUGGAUGUAUUUUUAUGAUUAACACGAGGAAUUUUAGCAUGACUUUUUAUAUGUUUACAAUAUCACAUGACAGCCGGGGUUUGCCGUCUUUGCCGGGUCGAGGCGCGCUGCAAAUGACUGGCUGCCUUGCAAAAGUAUGUUUUACCACGGCGUUUUGACAGAUGUGCUCUUUCUUAAAAGGCAGAAUCCACCCUUGGAUGCUUUUACACUGUUAAAUAUCACCAAACUGUGAUGGUCAGUAUUUUUCUGUGACAAAAUGUUGUAAUUCAUGGCUGUUGAGAGAAGGGGCCAUGACCUUAAUGCACUGAGCUGUGGGAAAUAUUGAAAGAAAUUGUGAGCGAGAAGUUUUCCAGCUGAGAAAAAGCAAGAGUUGUGUCCCUUACUCAGACUGCAGUCUGGCUGCAAUGCAUUCUGGUCGACUGAGGCUACUGUCGGAAAGAGGAAACAGGCAGAGAGAUGAGUUUCCUCUUUAGGAUUUCUUCCUGCUGAAUGUUGAAAGGAUUUAGAAUUACACCAAAAUCUGACUUCAUUUUAGCUGCUGGAAAUAUCUUGGUAUGACUUCACCCAGCUUAACUUUGGCCAGUUAUCUGAGGGAAUAAUAAUUAAAAAAAAAAAAAAAAAAAAAAAAACAGCAUUACCAGUAGACAUUUUUAACAGUGUUACUGUGUUUAGAGUGGAUUUUGCCAUUAAAAUGAUAAAAAGUCAGAGCAUGACAGCUGAAUAUUUCACACACAUGACAAGCAGUGUCAGACAUAGAGGUGGAUCCUUAGCAGACUAAUUGAUUAACAAUGAUGCAAACUACAGUAUCAUGUUGAGUUCACUAACAUGUCAGUUUUAAUUGCUAUCUUUCUUGCUUUCAUAGAGGUGAUACUUUUAAAGUGGAGAACUGCUUUUCAAGCCAAAUCCUAUUUUUACCGUAGGUCUCAGGUCUUAGUGCUCUUUUAAUUAAAUGCUUGUUAAAUCUUGUUUCUGCUUUUUAACCCCAUAGUAGCUAUGGAUACAUUGGAAUCUAUGGAAUGAGUGAAUGUAUUCAAGAGCUAUUUUUUUCUCUUUUUUUAUUUUUGUUGCUUAAUAUGUCUGGUGGCCACAGAUGGCUGAGACAUAGUCAAGUCUGACCAUCAUUAAUGCAUUGGGCAAGCCAAUCCAAUGAUCCCACCCAUCUCCCCUCAUUGUUUACAGGUUAGAUGUGCAUUCGCAGCUGCUGCCAGCAUUGUAACGACUGAGGAAAUUAGACAAUCGGUUCAUGGGACAAGUGAGUGCUGUCAGUGAACUGGCAGAAACCCAGUAGAAGGCUUUAUGGUUUACACAACUGAUGGUGUCCAUGUACACUGAAAAACCACAUCCAUCUGCAGCAUUUGUAGGAGUUUGGCUGAUCGCCUGUGACUUAAAUCAGGUGCAACCGCAGAAUUGGCUUCUGUUUGUACAACAUUACAAACAACCAGUUUGCAAGGAGUAAAAGUAAUUUGGUAUUUAUAGUCUUAAACUUUAAAGAACACAAGUUAAAAUCUGCCACAAUGUGUGAGAUAACUUCAGUUCGCUUUCACAUGAUCUUAUGAUUUUAUGAAACAAGUGACAACAUUUUGAAACGAGGUGGUUUGACCUACUAGUAUCAAAACUGUCUAAUGUGUUUCAGCAGAGCUUUUGCUACCCUUUAAUUUGCAGCUUAAAUUAGAGAAACUGUCUCACCUCAUGAACCUUGUUCCCACAAUGGCCAUUUUGAAUUUACAUCACCAUCAAAGCAGGAAAAUGUGCCUAGAAAUAUCAAAAUGCACUUUAUACAAGUGAACUGGACAUCUAUGAUAUUCCCCACUGAAAUGAUUAUUAAAUAAAUGGAUUUAAAUUUGAAAAAAGGAUUAACUUUUUGGCUAAAAGGUUUUUAUCCUGUUGCCAUUCAUGCUGGCAACUUCUGAAUCUGAAACUACAUCAAAACAAACAAAACACACAGAAAAACAGAAGGAUUCCUUGUCAAUUUUUAGCUGUACAGUGACCACUCAGUGUGGUCAUGGGCCAGCUUCCAUGCCAAUUUGUCUUUAUUAAUAAGUCCUUUCUAUUGUGUAUUCACCUAGGUAGGGGCUUCCACCCCAAGUGUGAUGUAAAUUAAAAAUGGCCCCUGUAUGAACAAGAUCAGUCAGCAGCUUUUCACUUGUUUUGAGGAAAUCACAUUUCAAUACCAUGAUCCACCUGUUGAGAUGGACGGUUUUCACGGUGUACAGUAUCUCCUCAGUGUGUGCACUUUGACAGGACUAUCACUGAUUUAGUGUUGUACUACAGAGUCUGUAUAUGACCCAUCCUGGGGGGAAAAGCUAUGAUUAUUACACACACUGUUUUACUAAGUGCUUAAACCAGGUAUCUCGUAUCUAAAACCUGGAUGGAUCCAUCAGGACAGAUGCAGUGGUAACUGGUUUGAACUGUGAUGCUCCAUAGUUGGGCACUGAUGGAGCCACUGGAGAGAAACUUUUUUUAUGUGGUGGUGAACAGCGAGUGUACAAAUUGUGAAUAAACUUUAAAACUCA